AAAUAAUAAAUGAGAGUCGUCUUAGCACUCCUCGCUGUCAUCUGUCUUGUUGGCACAGCUGUAGCCUAUACAAAGAUCCAGUAUAACAACGGAGAUGAAAUUCUUAGAAUGUUACAGUUGUAUGACGGUAAAACAUAUGUAAUGUUCUUUUAUGAUGCUCCAGGAGCUAACAGAGAUUUAAGAACGAUCAAUGAUUAUUACAAAGAUAGACUAAAGUCUGAAAUCCUUGAGCCAAAUCCAGAUGAACCUACAGAAUAUAUGUAUGCUGAAAUAGACGCUACUGAUUAUUAUGGAAACGGAUAUCUUGUUGAUAGACUUAAUGUAACCAGAGACUCUUUGAAAGAAAAACCAAAUAUUGUAGUUAUGAAAGACGGAAAGGGUAAUGUUAUCUAUGGACCAACUGCUAUGAAUUCAGUUCAAACUUCUCUCGAGAAAUUGAGCCAACCUCCAGAAUAAAUAACAAAGUUGAAAUAAAUAUUAUAGAAAAUAUU